UAAUGUCAACUAGUGCUUUUGCUUUGCCUUUGUUCCAUUUCUACUGCCUGAUAGGAAUCCCUCAGAUUCUGCUGAUGACCAAAGUAGAUGAAGCCUGUCCACUGGUAGAAGACGACCUGAAGAAUGUUUAUCGCAGCGUUUACAUCCAGAAGAAGGCCCGUGAGUUGAGUGAGUGUCUGGGAAUCCCUUUGAACUGUGUGCUCCCAGUGAAGAACUACAGCGAGGAGCUGGCCCUGGACCAGGACGCUGACAUACUGCUGUGUAGUGCCGUAGAGCAGAUGCUUAACUAUGCAGACAGCUUUUUUGAGAACCAGGUAGUUGAGGAUCAAGAUGAAAGCGAAGAUCUCUACAGAAGUAUGAAUCGUGACCAGAAGUUCAUUAAUUCAAACUAAUAAGCCCACCAAUCAAACGUUUAGUUGAAUGCUCCGACUUUUAUCCAUUAGGUAGAUGUUUGAUUGGUCCCACAUUCUGUUUUAAGGAGCAAAUAGCAAGAGUCAAUCCAUAAUACAAUGUGUAUGGCAUCCGCAAAGACUGAAGGCAGGAAAUCAGCCACUAUGUUUGAAACAGUCCAUCUGAAGUAACUUGGUCGCUAUUUUAAAUUCAUCUUGAGACAAACUUCAUGCAAAAUUAAAAGAGCAAAACUGGUUUAUGUCAUUAUUCCCAAAAUCACCAUCACUAAACAUUUCUACAGUACCGUUGUGCAAAAUGUUUAUUGAUCGCUCCAGGGCCCAAACAGUUUAAUUAAGUUUAGUUGAUCAGCAGAUGUAGUGAAGAUCAUGUGAUAUGUGAGGAAGCUCCGGAAGAUACUAAUGUGGAGACUCUGAGAUUAUUUCAGCAACUUUCUCGAGGUUAAGAGUGAAUUUUUACAACAGCCUGGAUGCGAAGUCCUCACUGAAGGACCUUGAGGAGAGAUUAUGUUCAUGUUGAUGUCUUGAAACAUUAGCAGACUAAAUAUGUACUUUCUUCUUGAUGUCUUGAGGAUUUUAAUACAUGUGCAUCUACGACCAGUG